AUGGUCAAACCAUGUUUUCGCAGCGAAAUUCAGACGCAGGGUCAUCUUGAUCAGUUGAGCAUCGCGGACUUAGAUGUCCAUGCACUUGGGCAUCGUAUCUCUGAAAAAUCUCGACAUCUCUGCUACGCCCUUGCAUCGUCCUUGCCCUUCAAUUUUGCUACAACAUGCGCAUCCCUCGUCGUGCAUGAACGCCCCGGGCUAUCCAGUCUAUCCAGUCUGCAGCGUACCGGGUUUCAGGGUUUGUCGCUGUCGAUCGGCGGCAAUGAUUGCUGGAAUUGGAAACACAGAGCCGGACUAAGCCAUGGGGAACAACGGGUAGGGCCAGAGCGAGCGUCUUGCUUUUUGGUCGUCUUCGGAAUUUUUUGGGAAUAUCCCGAGAUGUCUCUAUCGAGUUCUCCGCCGAUUCCGCAUGACAGUUUUCCACUUCGAAGUAUGCUCGGAAACCCCAGGAGGCAAUUGCGAGAUUCAGCUUCACUCUUAGUGUUAGGGAGGAAAGUACAGUACAAUACCAUCUAG